AUGAUGGAAAUUAUCUCACCUCCGACCGAAGUAACCCAGGCUUUCAACCCGUUACCACUGCGUUUCAAAAUGCAUGAAAUGACCUCGGAUGACGUGCACUCGCCUUCACCUUCCCCACCUGGUCUGGAAAGUGCUCACACGGGCCGCGAGGAUUCUUUGUCUGCAUCCGGUUCACCGAACUACCCGAAAGCAUCCAGUGCGUCUACAAUUCCAUAUCCCAGUCCACCGAUAUUACCCCCGUUAGAUUUGUCCAGCGUACCAACAUCGCCAGAGAAGGACCAAGGACGUACAGAAAAGAUGGGAACAGACCUAGCUGUGGAUCGAUCACCACUGAACGACACGACUGCCUGUGACCCUUCAUCUGAAUCACAUUCGUCACCAAAUCCAAUUAAUUAUCAUUCCAAGUGCACCGAUACGACAGCACCUUCAGCGGAGGAUAAUGGCGAUUCAUGCAGCGGAGAAAACCGCCAGACAAAAGUGCCCAGCACCUCCACAGCGGAAUCGCAUCCUCUAUGCUCUGAAGUAGUCGCGUCCUCUUUUGUGUCAGACUCUCCCGUAAAUGACUGGACUCAACUGUUGCAAAACUUUGCUGAGUUUUGUCAAGGGAAAGUCAAACUUCCUGGUCAGCCUGAACAAGAAACAUCUGGUGAAUGCAAUAGUAAAAAACCUCGAGUGGAUGAAGAUGGGGAACUUGGAUCGAAAACCACACCAUCCAUGGACGCAUUAUCACAAUUCCAGGCAAUGUUUCUUAGCAUGGGGCAAAUGUUGUUUAAUUCGCAAACCAAUCCGGUUCCUCCUCUACCACCAUCAUCAACAUCACUUGGUUCACCGGUGAAAUCCGGCGAAGAUAUAAACGAAACCAAAGAAAAAUUGUCCACCCCAGUGACGCAGUCGGAUGUUCAAUCUACUCCUCUAUCCCUAGCUACAUCAACGUAUCCCGUCACCGGAUUAACCAGUCCUACUUCCAGUUCUUCUGGAAUAACGAGAGCUCCAUUACCACCUUCAAUAUUACCUAUUCCCGGAAUGCCGAAUUUCCCAUCGCCAUCUUCUGUUCCCGCUGGUUCAGAAUUCGGAAUGUCUUCACAGUCACCGCUGGCAUUCACUGCCUCCCUUCUCGCAAUGUUAGCCUCUCAGAAUACAAAUAUGAGUGGUGGUAAGUCAAUUCGUCCACCUCAAUCUUUGAAUGAGAUCAGUCCUUUUGGUCCGCCAGCCAACUUACUUCUACCAAACCCGUUCCUACCCGGUCCAACAUCCUCUCAUAAUGCCAGUCAGGGAAAUCAUGUGCCCACCGGUUCGUUCCCUCCUGCUCGAGUCCCUCCUAUUUUCCCCAAUGCUCCUACUAAUAGUUGCAGUGCUGUUCCUUUUUUCGGCCCACCACUCUCGUCGAACAAACUUCCAGGACUGCCGGACAAUCGUGAACUAUUGUAUCAGCUGGGUCAACAACUCAUGGCCAUGGCAGCAGCCUCAGGNUGGCCCUUGGUCGUCAACAAACAAUAA